AUAUAGCAAUAUAGCCUACUUAAGGUCACUAAAGUGUUAUGUUCAUGUUUACAAAUUGUUCACAGUGUAAAGUGACGUUGCUUUGUACAGAUUGCAUAGAACUGGGACAGUUCCUGUCUAGAAAGAGCCGUGGUAAAAUGGUCUAAUGUUUUUGUGGUGGGGUGAGUAGACAUCCAGGAGAUUAGGUGUUCUGGUUUCCCAAAUGGCCUUUGGGAAUAAUCUCCUCCCCCUCCUUGGAAUGUUGGCCUUCAAGGAAUAGAAAUGCUUCCCUGACCUCAACAGAGAGAAGAGUCCGUUGUUUGGACGACUGAGGUCCUUUGAUAUCUUCAGCUCUGGUGCAGCACUGCUUGUUGUAGGUGGUCUUCAUGAUGCUGCAUUCGGCUGAUUGCAUUCCCCCUGGAGAGUUUCCUUUCCUGUUUUGUGCUGUUUCCAAACCAGGGGCCCAGACUGAGGGGGCCCACAAAGGCCCCUAAUGCCAGUUCGCUUCUGUGUUAGGGGUCCUAUAAAAAAAUUUUUUUCAUGGGGCCCAAAAUUCCUAGCGGCGCCCCUGCCACUGAUUCUAAAAAAAUACUGGGCAAACAGCAACACAAAACUAUAUUUUAGGCAGUCUAAGGUAUUUUGAUGAGAACAAAAAAAAAAAAUAUUAGAAAAAACACAAAGGAUAAAGUCAGAAAUAAUGGAAAAAGACAGAAUAAAAAAAGGCGAUCGAUGAUUUCGACCGUUGAUUACUUUUGCCUUGGAGGCGGGGUCAAAGUUCAUACGGCUCAGAAAACAGGAGACACGUGCGGAACUGAAGUAGAUUUCCCGGGGUUGUGUCCAAACAGCUGCAGCCAUGGCUGCUAUCUACUCUGGGAUCCACCUGAAACUCAGAAGUCCACAGACUCCAUGGGAGGAUAAGUUGAAGCUGGCGCGCUUUGCUUGGAUUUCCUCUCAGUGUCUGCUACCCAACAAGGAGCAGGUGUUAUUGGACUGGUGCAUCCAUGCCCUCACUGUCUGGCACAGUAAAAAGGUGGACCUCUCACCGGAUGUUUUGGAGGGCUUGUGGCGUUACCUCGAUGACGUGCUCCGCAGCCGGAAGCUCCAGACGUUCCUCAAACAGGGAAAAACGGUCACUCUCAGGCUCAACUUUGCACACCUGCUGCUCGACCAUCUGGAGGUGUGUCCACACGGCCAAGCGCCGGUCUCCAUGUUGACCAUCCUCAGUGUGUGUCGGGGGAUUCUCUCCUCUCCUGUACUUGCGUCUGUUUUCACUACAAAGUAUGAACUUUUGGUCAGUCUGUUGUCCAAGUUGACCACAUUGGCUUGCCAUGAGAUGCUGAAGUCGUUGCCUAGCAACACAAAGAUAGCAUGCACAACACCUCCACCAAACCAGCCAGAGUCAGACUCUGACCUGUCCUCACCUGAGUUGAAGAAAUCUUUCCCUUCAGCUAAUUUAUUUGAAGUGUUGCUGCAGGUGCUCUCAUGCUAUUUGUCGGUGCAGCGACAGCAAGCUAACCCCAACAGAGUCUUCACUGUGGUCACCAACCAGCUCGUCCAGCCGUUGGUGCUGCUCAGGUACAUUCUGAACUGUCAGGACUCAAACCUGCGCAGAGACAUCCGCCUCAAGAUCGACUCCAUCCUUCAAGCAGCUCUCUUUCCUAACGAGCACCUUGCCACAUACAAGGGGGAGCUUUUGCAGUCCAAAGAGGAUUCUGGGAAACAUGGUUCUGGAGGGCCUAAAGGGCCUUUAAAACCAGUCAGUGCUUUGCUCUGCAAACUGAACGCCCGGGGUUACUGUGAGCCGUCUCUGUACUUCGCUGUGAAGAGUGACGCCUUGUCGCUGUUUUUUAAGUUUUUCCUGGAAAGCUAUAGAAAAGGAAAGGGAGACACAGACGAGGAGCAAAGGAUGCUUUGUUUUUAUUUCCUCACCAAACUGACCCCAGCUUUAGAUCUCCAUCCUGACGGGAACUCCUCUGAAACUGAAGCAUCCCCUGAAGCCUCCUGCAGCCCGGAGAGCUGGAGCCUGGCUCUGAAGGCUGUGGAGUCCUUGCUCAGCCAGGUUCUCUCGGCUGACAUUUAUAAUGUAGCUGCUGACAGAAUCCGACAUGGAGAAGUUCAGCUCAACUUUUACAGAGGUGUUGCCCAACUUCUCUACUCCCAGGCAAAGCCCAGCAUCCCUUCAUGGUACCGCUGUCUGAAGGUGCUUUUGAGUCUCAACCACCUGAUUCUUGAACCAGACUUGGAGCAGCUGUUAUCUUUAGCUUGGGUAAACUCAGAGAACAUGGAAGUUCAAGUGCAGCGAGCUAGACAGCUCGUGGUUUGCAGUCUCCUCCAGACCUACACUAAGCUCCGUCAGCUGCCUCGUCUCUUUUCUGCGCUCCUGUCUGUGAUCUGUCAGCCAGCUCUGGAUGAGCGCAGACCUCUGCUGCUCCCUGGGGACAUCAUUGCAUCCCUCAGGGGCUGUCUUCUGGAAACUCCCCCUUCUCAGGUUGUGGAAAUCUGCUCUUCAGUGCUGGAAAGCAUCAAGACAUGCAUGGUGAAGAAGAAGAGGGAGGAGCUUGAGAAGAUGGAGGUUGAAGGAGCAGAGGAAGAGCGAGAAGACUCGUCACUGAAACUCUCCUCUCUCAGUCGGCUGCUUCAUGUCAUUCUAUUCAGUCUGAAAACUCUCGAUAAUGCCUCUCCUGUGCCUUUACUUCGGAAAAGCCAAGCUCUGAUGGAGGAAAUGCAGCAGAUAAUCAAAGAGUUAGAACAUCUGCUGUCAGCAGAGACAACAUCUAAACCAAACGCACAUUCAGUUCAAAAGGUCACAAAGAAAGGCAAAAAGAAAGAGUUGAAGAGCACUUCAGUGUCAAAAGUUGAAUCUCUCUGGAUGCAAAAAGCCCAGGAAGCAGCUCUCCUGCUCAGAUAUAGUUGGGUGGAAGUGGACACGCUCUUCCACAUCUACUGCAGCAAGUACACAUCAGUCAACCUGCCUGUGACGGCGCCCAUGAGCCAAGCUGAAGCUCCCUCCAGCUCUCCAUUGUUGGCCCACAUGGAGACUCUUGUUUCAGGAUCACUCCUGCCAUCAGUCCACCGUCCUUCCUGCAUGAGUGUCCUGCUGCUCAAACUCCUCACUUUACAGCAGAUGAAGAAGGUUUUGUUAGAUGACACUUUAAUCUCUGAGCCAAGUGCCGAAGCUCUGCUGAAGAAAGCGGUCCAGUUUGUUUUAUCUGAGCUGCAGUUUGAGGUGAAGCCAGCAGAGGAGGAGGAGGUGGUUUGGGAUGGGCAGAUAGGCAGCGUGGAAGACAGAACUUUUCCUAUCGCACACUGGAAUCUCGUUGCAUCCAACUUGCCUUUGAUCGCUCCCUACAUGAGUGGAGAUGAUGUUGCCCACAUCGCACACAUCCUCGUCACUUCCACUCUCAGACAGAUGAAAGGACCCAAAGAUCUGCCAUCAAACUGCCUGACUUUCUCCCUCAUAUCCUCACAGCUUCUGCAGAGCCCAGUUCUGGCAGAGAUGCCUUCUCUGUUCUCUGCUGUGGUUUGGUUCCUCACGCAGAGAAUGAUUGAUAUCCUCAAGGCAGGAACUAUUCCAAAGGUCUGUCCUAAAGUUCUGACGCUGGAUGUGAAACAAUCGGAAAGUGUGCCGUUGCAGAAAGAUGUUGCACAGACUAUGUUUACUCAAGAGAUGACCGGAGCUUUAGUUGAGGACGUUUUGGCUUCUUUUCAAACGGGUGACGUGCUCGUGCUGCUGACAGAAGCACAAACUAAAGAACUGAUGAGAUUGUUGAGAAUCUUCACAAACCUUAACCCAGACGGAAUGGGCGCUCAGGACCUUUCCGUUGCCUUUCUCCUCUUGUUCUUUAUUUUUGCAUCCACCUCUCAACAUCCUGACCAGAGGAGCGUGGAUUCUCCUGAAGCUGAAGGGGACGCCGACCUCCUGGGACACUUGCUUGGGAUGCUCGGUUGUCUCGUGGAGGCUAAAGACUUCCGAGGUGUUUUGAAGCUCAUCCACAGCGGUACUCUGCUGCAGAUUGCUGUUUCCGCUCUCCUCUGGCAUAGUGACGGUGUAAAACCUCGUGCCUCAAGCAGCGCUAACUGGCUGGAUGUUGUCAAAGCAGCCCAAAACUUCAUCCUAUCUUUGGUCAACUUGAUCAUUGUUAGAAACAACAGCGUCAGACUCAACUUGGACCAGUUUGCUUCCUUUCUUACUGCUAAGGAAGCAGCAAUUAGGCAAGUCACCCAGUCUAGUGUUGGAGCAUCUGUUCAUGUUCUGUUGGCCAUCCUGACUUCCUUCUCCCAGGCGAUGAUCACCAACUUAGGAAGAAGCAAGCCAAUGGAUCAAAUUUUAACUCAAGUCCUCACAUGUGUUACUGCUUCCUUGGCACCAGCUGUGGAGCUGGUCCUGAAGCCCCACUCUGCCACAACUCUCAAUCAAGCUUUUCUUGUGGAAGUCGUUACAGUCAUGCUGCGCUGCGAGAUGGCCACGUUAUCAGGGGAAGAUCAGCUCGUUCUCACUCAUAUGACUCUCUAUCAGAGCUUCUGCCAACAGAUCAUUAGAGAAAUGAGCUCUGCCUCCAGGCCCACAGACUUCCUGGUUUCCUCUCUGCGCUUCUUGUCUUUGUUUUAUGCAGCAGUGGAGAAGAUGAGCAGAAGCAUGGAGCAAGGAGAGGCCAGCGAUGAUGCAGAGCUGGACAAGCUGUACACCCAAAUACUGCAGGCUGUGCACGAGCUGCUAACAGCUCCUUGGCUGUCACCUGCUGGUGUCAUGGAUCUGGAGCCUACGGUACAGGAGCUGUUGAGCCAUCUGGUUGAGAGAAGCACUACACAUCAGUUCAACCUGCUUCUACUCAUGAUCAAGGACAGGCUGGAUAUCUGCAAGCUAAGGGCAGGAAACUGCAGGGAGGUGCUCUCUGGAGUCAUCACAGCUAAACUGCUGUCCUGCUGUCAGCUACCAGAGAGCUGCUCCAGAGCGCUGUGGCUCAUAGCACCUCAGAUCAUCUCAGCUAUGGUGUUCUUGGUCAGAUCAUCCAGUCAGGAUGUCUCGCUGACUCUUACCUUUACUGUUCCCACGGUAACAUCACUGACCUCACUGCUGCGCUGUGGAGAGGGUUUCAUUACCAACCCUCAUCAUGUGGUUUUGGUUCUCGGCGCGCUCCAGUCGCUCCCUUUAGACCACCUUAAGCCGCCUGCGUACCACGCUGUGUUCCUGGCUGUUCAUGAGGCCUUGUUUGCCAUCCUCCAGUGUCAUCCUCAGGUGAUGCUGAAAGCUGCUCCGUCCUUCUUAAGUGUCUUCUAUCGUCUGGUGGCUUCUAUCAUGCAGGAAGGGAGGCAGAGAGGAGACGCAGAUCCAGGUGCAGACACAGAUGUGUACUUGGAGUGCUCCAUCCUGACGGAGAGGAUGUACUCUCACAUAGCAGCUGCAGCAGACAGCUUCACCACGCUGUCGGCCUUCAUGGUGGCUCAGUACGUCACGGAGCGGCAGAAGGUCACUCUGCGAUCAGACGUCAAGCUGCAUCUGACAGAAGGCAUCUACUGCAUACUGGACCUGUGCAAAGAGCAGGAUAUAAGGUUCCUUAAGGCCGGGCUGCACACGGGAGUCAGAGAGGUGUUCAAUGAGCUGUACAGCAGCUACACCCACUACCACAAAACGCAGAGGCAAGGAGAGGACAAGUACACUGUCUGAUACAGUGAAAUGUCUAGUACAGCUUUGAAAAAUAAACUCUGGAUUUUUUACUCACCUUUUUGUUAGUCACGUCUAUGAAUUCAUUUAGGGAUGAAUAAGAACAUUUUUGUUUGUAAAUGACCUGAGGAGGAGUGGAACCAGACUCGUUGGCUAGUUCUGAGUGAAACAGUUUAGAAAUUGUCAUCAGUUUUGUAAAUAAAAAGAGUGAAUGGUUGAAUAAGAACGAUUAACCUCUGCACGCUCUGGAUUCUAUCAGAGUUUAAAGAAUCUGACUUACUGAAAUAUACAUAAAGAACAUUUAAUCUACCUACUUUUUAAGCAAAAAUUGUUUCCACAUGUGUCACGUGUGAUUGGUUGUUUAUUUCAAUUUCCCAUGACUUUUUGUUCCAUAAAUACUUAUGGGGAAAAUAAAUACCUGGAUGGACAGGUUCUUAAACCUGUAAAGCUGUUUCUUUUUUGUGUGAAAUGUUCUCACCACUAUGAACAAGAAAUAGUUUUUGUAACUUAAUAUUCAAAAACUAUUAACAUUUCGUAAAAUUAAUGUAAAUCUUUUUGUGAUAGAAUAAUAAAAGUCAUAUAUCUGG